CCGUGGAGCCGGAGCCCGGCUGGAGCGGAGGAGGCGGCGGGACCCAGCCGGACAAAUUUCCUGCUCGGCUGCGGGCGACGGGCAGCACGGGUGCCGGCAGCAGGAGGCGGCGCACGCGGCGCCCCGACCCCGAGGCCUCGGCGCGUCCCCACGGCCCUCCUUCGCGCCCGGCAGCAACGGAGGGGCGCCCGGCCGGGCGGCGGGCGGGCGUCUGGGAGAUGCGGAGUCGCCACGGCGGCGGGAUUGGCGCCACCGGACCGGCCCCCCUGAGACUAUAGCCUGCGUUUUCCCUUGGAAUCCUUUUGCAGCUGACAGGAAAACAUGGAUCGCAGCAGGCCAGGAUGGCUCCCCGGCGUCACUCCAGGAGGACAAGAGGUUUGCCAUGGAGCCUUUCUGCCCACUCCUGCUGGCCAGUUUUAGCUUCCCGCUUGCCAAGGCACUCGCGGUCAACGAGACCACCACCGCAGUGAGCAACUGGACCUCCACGACCUCAGGCCCUCCGGACCCUGGCGCGCCCCAGCCCCUGCUGGCCUUGCUGCUGCUGCCGCUGCUGCUGUGUCUGCUCCUCCUGCUCCUCGCCGCCUACUUCUGCAGGUUCAGGAAGCAGAGGAAGGCCGCGGUCAGCGCCAACGACAAGAAGAUGCCCAACGGGAUCCUGGAGGAGCAAGACCUGGGCGGACCAGAGGCCAAGAGGGGGGCCGCCUGCACCCGCUGGCGGGGCCCCCCGACGAGCCAGUCCUGGGGCCGCUGGGCAUCUCCUGCCCUCAGACUCAGCGGUCUUGGCCACCAGCAGCAAGUCUCCUGA